AACAGGCGAGGAAGAAAAAAGGGGGAGGGGGGAAACCUAUUGUUUUACAGGAUAUAUAAGAUGUCUGAGGCCAGUCGUGUGCCAAACUCGCUGCUCACACGACUUGAUAGCGGCAGAGAUCACUUCAGAGACAAGAGCUGUCGCGUGUCGUCCUUCUCGCUUUUCUUUGCUUCGGGACUUUCAAGAACUCAAGUUUUCCUUCUCUUCAGGUUACACUUGGGAACUUGGCGCGCGUGUAUGCGUGGACUGCCGCCCUGACAACCAAGAUGUCCUCUGCCUUGGAGACCAGUUACUCUGACCUUGAGAACAGCAGUGAUGUACUCUUUUGCCUCACUGAUGAUGAAGGGAGCUUUAGCAGCCUUCCAGCUCCUUCUUUGGCUUCCCCAAAGCAUGACACUUCCCUACAGCACAACCCUGAGAAGUGUGAAGAGGAGAAAGAAAGGAAGAGGCGACGGGGACGCACCAAGGUCAAGAAUGAAGCUGUCCUUCACACCAUCAAAAAGACGAGGCGGGUCAAGGCAAAUGAUAGGGAGAGAAAUCGCAUGCAUAACCUCAAUGCUGCUUUAGAUGAGCUGAGGUGUGUCCUACCAACCUUUCCAGAUGACACCAAGCUGACCAAGAUAGAAACUCUGCGAUUUGCCCACAACUACAUCUGGGCCCUCUCUGAAACUCUGAGACUGGGUGAUCAGUGCCUCCAGAAACCGCUCAAAGAAAUGCUUCUGCCCAGCUACUUGAGUUCCACAAACCCGCCCAGCCCUGGCAGUGAUGCAGGCUCCUGGAUGUCCACAGCAUCUCCUUCCGCCUCCUCUCUUUCUGCCAGCACAUCCAACCCUAGCAGCCCAGCAACCUCUGAAGACUGUUGUUAUGGGCGCACAGAGAACCUCUUCUCCUUCCACAGCCUCCCUAAAGACUUGUUGCAGAGUUCCUCUUGCUUUGUGCAGUAUCAUUAGGGGAGGCACUUGAGGGUAUAGGGAACCCACAUGUUCACACUGAAGCAAAAUCUCCUUUUUCAUUUAGCUACCAAGGUCAAUCAAUGCUUGCUUUUUAGUCAUGAUUUAGGUCCCACAGAUAAACAGGGUAGGGAGAGUAAAUUUUCAGCUUUUAAAAAUCCAAGCUCCUCAGCUUUAUGUUAUUUUCAGUCAAAAGUCAAAGAUGUCAUCUGUCUAAAUACCAAUCCAGCUAGCAAAGUUUGAAAAAUAUGGAUAUGUGACAACUAAGGCCAUGUUUAGAUGGGCUAAAUUUGAAAAAAUCUCCAUUUGGCUGAUUUUAGACUGGUCUAAAUUUGAACAAAUCUCCAUUUGGCUGAAGCAGCAACUGAAUUCAGGCAAUAAUGUGAUUAUAUUUCCCUCUGUCCUUUGCUUGCUUGCUUUUUUCUCCCCUUUUUGCACUUUCUUCAGACUUCACAAAUUCUACUUUGUUCCAUUCCUUUCCACUGUUCUGAGUUCUUGGGCCCCAAUAUGAUUUAGAAAAGGGAAUAAAAGGGACAGAUUUGCUAUUAAAGACAAGGUGAAAAGUCAAUUUUACAAUUUGUAGAACUCUAAUGAAGAAAAAUGAGCAUGAAAAUUUGGUUUGAACGCCCUGACAAUACAAUGAAAAGGCUUAAAAAGGGCUGAUUCGACUGGGUGCACAGGGCCUUUGCUGGGUACAUAGCAGAGCAAAUUUGUGAUGGAUAUAAUAGGUCUGGAUGGAACUUUGUUUCUGCCUAGUGGAGCUCUGAACCCUGACAUGAUCAGUCCCUGAAAAGGGCAGACAAGGAACUAGGUUCAUGCAUUAUGGAUCUUGACCUCCACUGCUGCUCUCUUGUUUUCGAGUAGACUAGACAUGUGGCAUUCAAUGAGUCUAAUGCUAUUUUAAUUUAUUCAAGGACUUCCAUUCAUAUGAAAAUUGUAUUUUUGUACAUAAAGAGCUUUAUUCUUAUUAUUACGUUGAUGUUUUUAAAGAUUAAAAAUAAUGUACUUUUUUUAAAAAAAAUGGUUGUAAAUAAAUGUUUUUAAACAUU